AUGCUAAUUGUUCAAAAUGCCAAUGCAUCAUCAUUUUCCACGCUUUUAGAAACCAGCGUUGAGGCGGAAUCGGCGCUUCCGGCGCCGCUCCCACAUUAUUGGAUAUGCACCCCCUUAUUUAACAAUAACCCCGCCCACGACCAUACCGUCAUUUUAACUUCUUCCUCGUUCGAAACGGCCUUCUAUCAGCCAGUUCCCAACGUUACGCCAAUCUUGAUCGAGAGCUACAGCGUGCACAGCUUAAAGCAGCUGAUUUUGAGCAACGCAAACAACAGGAUUGUCGUUUCAGAUAUCAGCUUAUUUUUCAGACACAAUACGUUGCAUGAUUUUAUUUUCCUGCUAGAAGAAAUGGAGUCCCAAAAAGGCCGCCUUAAGCCGAUUUCGUUUAUCAUCAGAAGCGAUCUCAUUUCCGAUCCUUUUCUUCUUGCAGGCAUUCGGAGGCUAUUUCUGACGCAUUUGAUCUUUUCAAAGAUCGAUGCAAACAACGUUUUAUUGUCAUUUCAAUAUAUUCACAAGGGAAGCCUUAAGAGUGAAAAGUCUGUUUUAAAUACCAAAGAGACAUCGAUAUCUGCAUACAAAGGCAUCCAGUUGUUUAAAGAAAAAGAGCCGAACGAAGGAGCACUCCCGGAAAGUACGUUUUCUCUCGAUACCACCGAUGAGCAAAAGGAAAGAAAAACACACGUUCAGCUGCCAUUUAUGAAGGCCCAACUUGAUUCGCUGCUUCAAUAUGUCCCCGACGAGGCCGAUGAUAUCGACGAAGAGGACCCCGAUGCCGAUUUGGAGUUUUAG